ACAUUUAGGUCGGCGGUAGCGACGGCUCAUGCGCGCCAGACAUAACGGCGGAGAGCGGCUAGCAGUAGUGCAUACUACUAGCGUGAGUGCCUCCUGGGUUGAUUGUGAGGGAUGGGGCAUUAUUUAUGCCUGAUGGUCCUGCUGGCAAUUACGUGCAUGGCUGAGCAAGGGCAAAUGGAAAUCGGUAUUUUGGAUGGAUUCUCAUCAACCCUACGAUAUCUCAAUGGCAACUGCUCGUGGAGAGUUACUACAAUUGCAGCAGGGAAUGAGGUAGAGGUGGAAGUGAGUGUAGGACCACAGAGGACUCUAGUUGGUGGAGAAGGGGACACAGAGAGAUUCACUUUGAAAUGUGUAACUGAGGAGGGCGAGCAACUGAAUGCAAUAAUCGUUACGCACACUCUUGAAACUAUCCCACAACCCACAAUUAUUGCUCUGGAUUAUGAGACUGGGAUCCUUGAUUGGAGCCAUCCAUUUCAUCCUGAUCUGCCAGUGGACUUUGAGAUUAUCCACCGGUUCAGAGUCGUCUACCUAGUCAAUGAGACAGACAGAGACAGUGGGGAGACAGUGAUAUCACAUGAGAGCAGUCUCAGCGUAUCUCGUCUCCUUGACCACUGCAGGAGACAAGAGUUCACUGUUCAGACUUUGGUCAAUGACAUCUUCUACAGUCAGAGCUCCUCCUACUUAACUAACCCCUCUGCCCCAGCUUUCCUCACUAUCUCGCCAUCACUGGUGGUAGAAGAUGACACUAAAGUCAGUGUCAAAGUGAAGUUUGCUCUAGAGGCAUCAGUGUGUAUCUCUCAGUUCCAUGUAAUCAUUGAUGGAGUAGUCAACAUCUCUUUCAAUGUCACCAGCCCUGAUAGAGAGAGGGGAGAGGUCACCUAUAACCUCUCUCCAUACUUAUCCUCAGAGGGUGUCUGUGAUGUGGGAGGCAUGGUCUAUGGUAGCAAUAAUAUAGGAGAGAGCACUCAAGUACAAAUCCCUAGAGGAGGCUCACACUGCACACCUACAGGCAUCAUCACUAUGCCUACUCUACUUUCCACCACACCAACGCUCACCCCACCAUAUUCAGAAGACUCGGUACCUGGCAUUAGUGUUCCAGUCAUUAUUACAGUGUCCAUCAUUUCCCUAUUCAUGAUCGGCACCGUCACCAUUAUCAUCAUCACUAUUACACGACUUUUGUCUUACAAGAAAAAAGGUAGAGGGAAUUCAGUGGUACCACCAGUCUCUGCAACCUGUCCAGAUGAUGUGGCGCCCAAAGUGAGGUACAUACGCAACUUAUUUUUGUUUAGACUGACCCCACCUAAUGGUCUGAUGCAUCUGAACAGCGGACCAUGCACAGAGGUGUGUGUGUGUGUGUUGGAGAUGUUCGACACUUGGCACAAUGUAGCCACGAUGUACAUAACACAAGCCUCAAUGUUAUGAAUGUUGGCACAGAUGUAUGUGUGUAUGUAUGUUGCAACACUUGGCAAUGACGUGGUUUGAAAGACAGGCCAGUCCAUUAGGGAGUUCUGCUCUCUUACAGUGUAACUAGAAUGACAUGGCAUUUUUUAGCACAGCAGUUCCAUUUUACGCAUGUAUUUGCAAUGGCACUCAAUUUUGUCUACACAAACUCCAAUUGAUUUUCAAGAUCCAUAUUAUUAUGCUGUGAAGUGGAGCCUACAACCGGCGCUAUGGAGACUAAGAACCUGUCUGUCGAACCCACCCCAGAAUAUGUAGAAAUUGACCAUGCUGCAACUGAAAGAGUUAGACAGUGUAGGCAAGGAGGAGCUGACAAACUACUGAGCUUGGAGUGUAUGUAGUGAAGCCCCUGGGAAAUACCCUGGGAAAGACCCUGCCAUUAUUGGUCUCACUCAUGAAUGCCACUAUGACCUUCUAGCUGCCUGUACUGCUGCCGGUGAAAGCUCGCUGGUUUGAGCUCGGAAUGAAACUUGACCUCUCUGAGAACUUCCUGGACGAGACGGAGACCAACAUGGAUAGUGUGGAGGAGUGUCUGGGGGAAAUGCUACAGAAUUGGCUCCUGUACCACGACCCCACCAUGGAGACUCUAAAUAACGCCCUCUCUCGGAUGAUACUCUCCCCCAUCACGUUCGAUACCACCUCCAGCGAGUUUGUUUCUGUCCCUGAGUGAGUGGGGGUUAAGGUUCAAGAGGACACAACAGUACUGUAACGGUUUGAAUUACUAUCAAUCAUAGAGUGAUAUAAAAUUCUCUGUGAUUUUGUAGAUCAGCAAAAGUUGUGGAUUGUACUGUAUUGUUUGUUAAUGUAGAUCCCACGAGUAAAAAAAUCCUCGCCACCUUUCAUGCUGUUUGUCUGUGAUGGUGUUUUCCGCCAAAUCCAUAUAGAAAGCUUUCAGCAGUGUUUUUAGUUGCACAAAAAAACUUAUGAAUUUCAGGCAAUAUGAAACAAAUAACAAACUCUUACACUUUUAGUCCAAACUACAAACAAUGGCACUCUAUCUUGAAAGGUUCGACCUCAACAGGCAUUUUCAUCAAACCACAUCAUUGCAUACGUCAGCGUAACUCGCAAAGCACAAAAGCAGGACAAUCUGAACAUACCUGGUGGAGUAGUUACCUCCAGUGACACGGUAGGCCCACUACCAAUGAUGUUUGCUGCAGUCACACUCAAACUGUAGAACAUUAUGCGGAUCCAUGUGAGGUGUACCAUAUAUAUAGACUGCAUGCAGCAGAAAAGCUCACUUGUAGGUGGUAGCAGGAGAGAGACCAGUGUGAAUGAAAGGCCCUGCUACAGCUCCAAGCUCCAUUUGGCUGGAGAGAUCCCGUAUUCCGAGAAAGUAGUUUGUGAUUUCACUGCCUGUUUCAAAGGAGAGUCGUCACCAUCAAUACAGGUAGAGGGGAUGGCAUUUAUGUACCUCCGUCACUGUCAGGAGGAGACCAGGAGAUCUCAAUGGCAGUUGGACAACAGUAAUACCUAACUCUAGCAUUGUCCUCACAGGUAAAGUCAGUGGUGUUACUGAAGAUGUCUCACUACAGACAAAUGAGGCCUACUGUACAGUAACUACUGGAGUUCCAAUGAAGAGAAAUGAGGCAUAUGAGACUGUGCUGAGACCAGAAACUGACACUCUAUCUCCAGUGUAUGAUAUUGUACACUAAUCUGUAAUCUUAAAGAAAAUGCGACAGCUUUGCAAAACACGAUCAUGUGACCAUAUGAGGAUAUUUGCAUUCUUCUUCAAAAUGUUUCCCUGUUAUCUGGCAAAGACUU